AUGUUGGCUGACGAUAUUGAAAGAAUCAAUACUCAUGCGAGUAUUGGAAACUUUAACCCCGUUUUUGCUGGAUUAUAUGGUCUUUUGUUCUUUGCAUGUAUUAUUAUUUAUACUAUUGUACUUCCAUUUUAUAUUUAUGCCAAUAAAGUGAACCACGAAAGAGAUAAAGAGAUUUUGAUCUACCCAAUUACAAAACACUUUUAUCAAAUGGUAAUAGUAUACUAUCUUAUAUUUAUUUCAACAUGCUUCAGCGUCUUCUUUUACCCUUAUUUAUCAGACAGCAUCGUACUCAUAUCAUUUAUUGUUCAGGGUUUAUUUAGUUCACUCAACAUAAUUACUCAAGUCUUUCACGUGCUACUGUUUGUACUCUCAGUUGAACGGUUUUUUCUCUACUUUUUCCCAUCCAGCGAAAAACUAUUCAAAUUCACGCAAAAUAUAAUCAAGUACUUGUAAUUUUUUAUAAUUACAAAAGAAGUUUCAUGUGCCAUAUUCUCAGUUUGGAAGUACCAGACUGUUCAAAAUAUGUACUGGACUAAUUUUUUCCUUUGCAUAACGUGCUCUAUCAAUGAUGUUCUUGUAUUUCUCUCGGCUAUUUUAUAUAUUCCGAUUGUUAUAAGUAUUCGGAAGUUUGUAAAUUUACAGUCAGCUCAACAUUCCAAGCCGCAUAAAUAUAUUUUCUUGCAAACAAUGGUGGUUUUCACAUUCAAAUCGAUUCAAGUUCUCGUAUACCUUAUGACAAACCAUACUGGUAUUUCCUUAACUAGUUUAUUCAUAUACGCUAUAGUAACAUCAGACUAUAUCACCACACCGUUAAUAGUCCAACUGUCAUACCUGUCAUGCAAUAAAAGGAACGUGAAACUUUUGCUCUCCUCGAUGAGUGCUCGGAAGUUAUUCCAUGUCCUGUUCAGAACGGGUGCCACCGUGUUGCCACGUUCAUCUACAAACUACUCCACAUAUAUGAUCUAA